AUGGCGCGGGCGGGCGGCGGGGGCCCGCGGGAGCUGUCCCUGGAGGAGGUGCUGAAGUGCUACGAGCAGCCGCUGAACGAGGAGCAGGCCUGGGCGCUCUGCUUCCAGGGCUGCCGCGCCGCCGCCGCCGCCGCCGCCGCCGGGCCGCUCCGCACCGCCGACAUCCGCCUCCGCGGCGACGGCAGCGUCGCGCUCCCGGCCGCGCCGCCCGAGCUGCCGCUGCUCCUGUCACCCUCCACCGAAGCACAGAUGGUGCAGUCGCUGGGCUUCGCCAUCUACCGAGCGCUGGACUGGGGGCUGGACGAGAACGAGGAGCGGGAGCUGAGCCCGCAGCUGGAGCAGCUCAUCGACCUGAUGACCAACAGCGACUCGGAGGACAGUGGCUGCGGCACAGCCGACGAGGGCUACGGGGGGCAGGAGGAGGAGGAGGAGGGGGGCGAGGGGCCGCCGCGGGCCGUGCGCACCUUCGGGCAGGCCAUGCGGUGCUGUGCCGCCCGCCUUGCCGACCCCGCGGGGGCCCAGGCGCACUACCAGGCCGUGUGCCGGGCCCUCUUCGCCGAGACCGUGGAGCUCAAGGCCUUCCUCGCCAAGAUCCGCGACGCCAAGGAGAUGCUGCAGAAGCUGAAGGAGGACGAGGAGGCGGAGGAGCGGCCGGCGGCGGAGCUGGGCAACCUGCGCAACGCGGACUGGGCCCGGCUCUGGGUGCAGCUGAUGCGGGAGCUGCGGCACGGCGUGAAGCUGAAGAAGGUGCAGGAGAAGCAGUUCAACCCGCUGCCCACCGAGUACCAGCUCACCCCCUUCGAGAUGCUCAUGCAGGACAUCCGGGCGCGCAACUACAAGCUGCGCAAAGUCAUGGUGGACGGAGACAUCCCGCCGCGGGUGAAGAAGGACGCCCACGAGCUCAUCCUGGACUUCAUCCGCUCGCGGCCGCCGCUGAAGCAGGCCUCGGAGCGGCGCCUGCGGCCCUUGCCGCACAAGCAGAGGACGCUUCAUGAGAAGAUUUUGGAGGAGAUCAAGCAGGAGAGGAAGCUCCGGCCCGUGGAGACGCGGAACCGCAGCCGGAAAGGCUACAGCUCCCUGCCCUGCAUCCCCCACGCCUGCUCCGGCGACGCCACCUCCAGCUCCUGCAUCAACCUCUCCGCGCCGGAGGCGAGCGCCCCGCCGCCGCGGCCCCGGCCCCGCGUCCUGCUCAAGGCGCCCACGCUGGCCGAGAUGGAGGAGAUGAACAUCUCGGAGGAGGAGGACUCUCCGGGCACGGAGCCCGGCUCGGCGCUCUCCUUGAAGCGGGACCGGUCCUUCUCGGAGCAGGAUCUGGCCCAGUUCCAGAGCGAGCUGAGCAGUGGCCAGGAUGUGUCCCAGGCGCCAGGGCCACUGGAGCCCGAGCCCCGGCCCCGCUCAGGCUCGGUGCCAGCUAGUUACCACUCGGUGCCGUACGGCGCCGCGCCGCUGCCGUCGCCCCGCGGUGCCCUCGGCUGCCUGGAGGAGAGGCCGGAGGAUGGUUCCGGCACUGCUCCUGGCAGCGGCUCCAAGCACCACUGGCUGGAGUUCAGCCACCCCGUGGAGAGCCUGGCCCUCACCGUGGAGGAGAUGAUCAACGUGCGCCGGGUGCUGGUCAAGGCCGAGAUGGAGAAGUUCCUGCAGAGCAAAGAGCUGUACAACAGCCUGAAAAAAGGGAAGGUCUGCUGCUGCUGCAGGGCCAAGUUCCCCCUCUUCUCCUGGCCCGCAUCCUGCCUCUUCUGCAAGCGGUCCGUCUGCACCUCCUGCAGCCUCAAGGUGAAGAUGCCUUCCAAGAAGCUGGCUCACAUCCCCGUGUACGCGCUGGGCUUCGAGAGCCUCCCGGGCUCACUGGGCGCCAGAGCUCCACCGGCGCGGCGCAGAGACGCCUUCCACUCGCUGCCCGGCGCCGGCGGGCGCCGCAUCGAGGAUGAGUUCCCGCACAUGUAUGCGCAGGGCGCCGUGCUGCGCGACGUCUGCAGCGACUGCACCGGCUUCGUGGCCGACGUCGUCGCCUCCAGCCGCCGCAGCGUGGCUGCGCUCAACGCCGCGCCGCCCCGCACCCACCGCGGCGCCUCUUGGCACCUGUGAGGCCACGCACCGGCCCCCGCCUGUACAUAUGUACAU